UACCGGCGAUUUGGUGCUCUAGAUUCAUUUUCAGCUUUUCCUUAUGAAAAUAACAUGCCCAUCUUUCGUAAAUAUGUAAGGAACCAACAUCGACCUCUUCAACAAUUUGCUCGACGACUGAUGGAGCGUGAUUGUUAUAUAACAUUUAAGAAAGUAUCCCACAGCCACGAACCCAAAUUAUUAGGAAUGCACAACGCUGGACCCCUUCCUGGGAAUUGCGAUGCAAAUACUAGGCAAUUCAGUAAAUUGAAAUCUGGUAAAAACUUUUUCAGUAUCAAUGAUGGAAACAACACUGUUAUGCUUAAAGAUGGAUCUCUUUGUGAGAUUUGUAACAUUCUAGAUGUAGGUGGUCAUCAGGUUCUUGUAACUAGGAAGUUUAAUGGUAGACAAAAUUUAUACAACGUUGGCAGAUCAUCAUCGUCCGUAGGAAUUUUUAAAUGUACUCAUGUUUUGGGUGAUAUUAAACUAGUGGCCGUGUCAGAAGUAGCAGCAAAAUGUUAUCGUAUGCCGCUUUGGUCUGGUACUAACACAAAUACAAAUAGGGAUGAGGUUGUAAUUAUGACCCUGUUGCAUCAUGCUUGAGUUAUUUUAAAAUAUUUUUCAAAUGUUUCUACUUUCCUAUCCUAGAUUACCAUACAAAUUUCUUUCUUUCUUCCCAGUAUAAUUUUUCGUUUUGUUUCAUGACUUCAAUAACUGUAAAGUGAAAUGCUGAAGAAAUCAAUAACGCUGAGUAGCCACGGGCGUGUUAUUCAAAAGCCAAACCGAUAUUGUACAACCGAGUCGUCUGCAGAUGAAAGACCUGCAGCUUCAAACCCACCAAAGAAGCACAUGUUGAUGGAGCAACGCAUAGCAAUGAUGGUGGAUCAAGUCGCUUCGGGAGACUCACAACAUUUUGAAUUGGGCAGUGAUCAAGAUGACCCUGACGAAAUCAUCCCAAAUUCACAAUUGCACUCUAGUAAUUCUGUGACAUUUAGCGAUGUAGUACGAGUAACGACACAAGGACAUAAUCACGUCAAAGAGCGAAUUAAUCAUAUCCCGUUGAAUUCAAGAGCAUCAGUGAAUCUACGUCCAGUCUCUGUAACAGGUACUGUUGAAGAAAACCGUUACAUUACACCGACUACAUCUUCAGAGCAGACACUUCAGCGUAUUGCCCAAUCCACCACUGAUGGUUUACAAGAUCUUCUACAACAGUUUGAGGAGCGCCAAAAGGAAUGCCUUCUAGACUUUGCAAUGAAAGUCCGAAAGGACCACCGCGAAGACAUGAUUAAGCUUAACGACCACGCAGAGAAGCGCUACCAGCAUUUCGAAACAGUCAUCAAACAAAUGAUUCAAAAGGAGCGGGACAUUGAAAGGGCGUACCCAUAUGAAAAGCCACCAGGGUUCCCUCUUGAUUCCUUGGAGGUAUUCCAGGAGUUUGAAGAAGAUCCUGAAAGACAACGAUCUCUAAAACACUAUCUCAUCAAUGUCGGUGGUAUCACAGCUAGAGAUGCUCUCAACCAAUUUCUAAAGGAAGCCAUGACAGAUAGCCUGACAAAACACUUCUCUUGGACCGGAAAGACUGUUUUAGACAAAGAGAAUCUACGACCACUAUUUAAUACCUGCAUCGGAAAGAUGCCUUACGUGAGUGUCGAACAAUACCACAGCCACGUGAUCGGACAGAAUUUGCAAGACUGAUGCAAGAGGUAAUUCGGGGCGCAAAACAAAGACUGCGGGAUUCAAAGAGACGCGCCAAUGGUCCUUUUAGCAUGGAGGGUCGCAGACAAAAAUAUAUGAACGAAAUGGCUCAACGGUACGAUGUUGA